AGCGCGGGAGGGAGCCGAGGAGCGCGGCGUAGACCAGGUAGGCGGAGGGCAGCGCGGCCCACAGGCACCCCGCGGGAUGGACGGGGGCGGGGAUGGGGAGGCGUGUGGGGAUUUCUAUGUGGUCGCCGGGGCCCAAGCGCAGCGGGCACAGUUCCAAACCUCCUCGAGGGCCAGCGCGGUCCCUCCGACCCGGGGCGCGGGCUAAGGGAUGCCAGACGCAAGCGACUCACUUCCAGCUCAGAACUGAAAUCCCCUUCUCUCCGGCCUUUAGCGGCUCCAGCCGGGGAAAUCCUAGCCCCUUCCCCCUCGGCUCUAGCCCUUUUUCCUUCCUACCCCCCGGCGGGGACCCGAGGGGGUGGGGGUGGGGGGCGGCGCGCCGCGUUCCAGAAGCUCCGGGCGGGAGGCGGUGGCCGAGCGGGGCGGUGCGCGUGGGUGAGGGGGGGUGGGUCGGAGGAGGGGAGUCUGGGAACUUUGAGACUCGGCCCUCGGUGACAUCCAGGCGGCGCCACGGCCUGGCCAGCCUCCUGGGCCCUUGCAGAGUCGCGAGGCCGCGCCGCUUGGAGAGAGACCCCGGCUACCCUGAUCUGCGCGCAAUCGGGACGGCGGAAGACAUGAGCGCGGGCAUGGGCGGCUUCUGGCCGGAGCCGUGGCUGCCGCGGUCGCUCGGCUCCCCGGGCCUGGCCCUCGCCGCGGCCCUGCUGCUGCUGGUCUUGUGCCUGAGCGCGCAGCGCACCAGGAGACGUGGUGAGCCUCCAUUGAUAAAAGGCUGGCUUCCUUACUUUGGACAAGCCCUGAAAUUACAAAAAGAUCCUCUGGGUUUUAUGACUUCUAUUCAAAAGCAGUAUGGUGACAUUUUCACUCUUCUCCUUGGAGGAAAGUACAUAACAUUUAUCCUGGAUCCUUUCCACUACACAUCAGUGGCAAAAAAUCAAAAAUUAAGCUUUCAAAUAUUUACCAGUAAAUUCUUAAAGAGAGUAUUUUCUAUCAAAAAGAUGACAACAGAUUCUGACCUCAUCGACGAGAUUCAUAGUACCUAUCGAUUUUUACAAGGGAAGCAUUUGGACAUACUGAUGGAAAGCACAAUGCAGAAUCUAAAGCAAGUUUUUGAACCCCACCUUUUAAAAACCACAAGUUGGAGCACAGAACGUUUGUUGUCAUUCUGCAACUCAGUAAUAUUUGAAAUGACAUUUACAACCAUAUAUGGAAAUAUUCUUGCUAAUGAUAAGAAAACAUUUAUUACUGAGUUAAAAGAUGAUUUUUUAAAAUUUGAUGAAAAAUUCACACGUUUAGCAUCAGGCAUACCCAUUGAGCUUCUAGGAAACAUCAAGUCUGUUCGAACUAAACUUAUAAAAGACUUGACAAUAGAAAGCUUAGCUAAGUUACAAGGACUGUCUGAAGUUGUUCAAAGAAGGAAUGAUAUCCUGGAGAAAUACUAUACGCCCAAGGACCCUGAAAUAGGAGCACAUCAUUUAGGCUUGCUCUGGGCCUCUGUGACAAACACUGUUCCAACCAUGUUCUGGGCAAUGUAUUACCUUCUACGGCACCCGAAAGCUAUGGCCGCGCUGCGUGACGAAAUUGACCAUUUGCUGCAGUCAACAGGUCAAAAGAAAGGGCCCGGAUUUUCCAUCCACCUCACCAGAGAACAAUUGGACAGCCUGGUCUACCUUGAAAGUACCGUUCUCGAGGUUUUGCGACUCUGCUCCUUUUCUGGCAUCUUUCGUUUCGUUCAAGAGGACUUGACACUUCAUUUAGAGAGCCAGGACUGCUGUCUGCGAAAGGGAGACUUUGUUGUCAUCUUUCCUCCCAUCUUACACCACGACCCUGAAAUCUUUGAAGCUCCAGAUGAGUUUAGGUUUGAUCGUUUUACAGAAAAUGGUAAGAAGAAAACUGCCUUUUUUAAAAGAGGGAAAAAGCUGAAGUAUUACCACUUGCCAUUUGGAUUGGGAGUCAGCAAAUGUCCAGGCCGAUUUUUGGCCAUGGUUGAAAUAAAGCAAUUGUUGGUUGUGCUUUUAACUUACUUUGAUUUAGAAAUAAUUGAUAAUAAGCCCUUAGAACUAAACUAUAGCCGCUUUUUGUUUGGUAUUCCUUACCCAGACUCUGAUGUUUCAUUUAGGUACAAAAUAAAAUCUUAAGCUAAAAGGAAAGGAAAGAAAUCCAUCUAGAAAAGUAACCUAAAUGUCCUCAGUUCAUCUAUUUGUUUUUAAUUUCUUCAAGUGUAAUUGCUUUGUUUGUUUUAAAAAUGCCAAUUUCUAUUUGAUCUGAGAUCAGUCCCAUCUGUACUUGAUCACAAAACUGAUCAUAAAAAAAAAAAGAUGGUAGCAUGAAAAUGGACAUCAAAAUCAACAUAAUGAUAAAUUUAAAGUAAUUUUUUAAGUUUCUACAUGUUGUGAUUUGCAAAUGUCAUUGUAAGUGCGCCUUCACAGUAAUAAAUCUGACACUGUGGGAUUUUGUUAAGUCACAAAUUCUUCUAUAAUAUGUAAAAAUAUACUUUAUGUACUAAUGGAAAUUUAUACUGUAAAUGAACACAGUCUAACAAAUUCCAAGUUCUCAGAGAAGAAGGAAAUUAAAUUUCCAUGAGAUACACUAGAUGAAAAUGUUCCCUUCAAGUAUAAUAUCAAUAAUAUCUAUAUUGCUGGGGUACGUUUGCAUUAAAUGAGGUUUGUGGUAGAUUAAAUGCUUCAACUUCACUUCAAUAUUUAAUCACCCAUAAAUGUACUUUAUUACUUUGUAUACUGUGGCUCAGUAGAACAAAAUUUCUUGUUAUAUAAGGCUACUCAUGUUCAAGUUAGAUACUGAUAAGAUUUAUCAGUAUAAGAACACACAAAACCUAUUAUAUAUACAGCAAUUGCCCUAGACAUUAGUAUUAGGUUUAUUGUAGGAGUAAAUGUUGAGAUCAUUAUAGGAUUGAUUAUAGCGUUUGACUCCAGUGUAAACUGUAAGGGUUAUGCCGUUUUGUAAUUAACUUUCCCAAAUGCUUCGAUUUAUGUUAGCUGAGAAACUAGAUAGCAGUAUUUAUUCUUGACGCCUCACCUCUUGGACUGGGAUUUGAUUUGUAGUGUUUGAAUUACAGCAUUAUGUAAUGCAGUAUAAUUCCAUAUGCCAAAAUGUAGCAUCGGCUGGAUGGUUCAAAGAUUGCUAAUAUCAGAUUGCCAAAUGAUGGUCUGUCAUUCAACUUAGGCAGGUAAAUAAGCCCAGUUAUUUCAUGGGAACUUCUAGUUAUAACUUUUAGUUAUUUCAUUGAAACUUCUAGUAUUUCAGAAAUGUGCUUUCGUUUUUGAAAAGGAAAUUUAUCUUUAAAAUAACAUUAUAAAAUACUGAAUCAUAUUUAGUAGCUAAAUAGCUUUUCUAGCAUCUAUUUUUCUCCUUCCUGAAGUUCAUGCACUAAACGCUCCUUAGUGAAGGUCUGUCAGUCAACUUUGUUUUUGCCAGUUUGAAGAUGCUUUCCUUUUUGUCCUCGUUCCUGCGUUUGCCUUGUUUCCUGUUUUGAUAUCUCAUGUUGUUAAGAGGUGAACCUUCAUUCGGUGUAAUUGUUCAGUAGGCAGUCUGCCUGUUUUCUCUGACAGCUUUAACAUGCUCUCUUUGUCUUUGAUGUUCUUAGUUUCUGUUUAUUGUGCUUGCAUGCCAUGAUGUCUUUCAUCAAGCGUAGAAUGUUCACAGUCAUCAUCUCUUUGAAUAUUUCCUCUUUCAGCUCUGUGUCUUGUUUAUAGUCCAUGUUGUUUGACCUUUUCUCCUUGUAUUUUUUUUAUCUCUAAUUUAUAUUCUAGGCCAUUUCUUUGGAUCUUUGUAUCGCUUUCAGUUUAUUCUGCUCUUUAACUCAUCCAUUGGGUUUGUUUCUUCUGCCUUUUUAUUUUAACCUCAGGUUCAUAGGAUUGAGUGAUCACAUGCCUUAUACCCCUUAGUUCACGGUACACAAUUAUAAUUGGCCCAAACAAGGCUUUAUUUACUCAUUCUACUCUAUCCCUAAUCCCUACCAUUAUACCCUUCCCCAUCAUCAGGAAAUAUUCUAAUGUGUUUGUUUAUUUGUAGGUGUUUUUAUAAAACAUAUGUUAUUAUCUUGGGUGCAUGUGUUUUUUAAUUUUUAUAAAUGUCUAUUCUAUACAUCAUAUUCUUCUUAAUUUUUUACUAAGCACUAUACUUUAAAGGUAUAUCCAUAUUACUUUAUAUGUAUUUGAUCUAUUGCUUCUAACUACUGUAUAGUAUCUCAGAAUGUGUACCCACGAUGUUUCAAUGCUCUAUUCACCCAGUGAUGGAAACCAUGUUGGUGGGACAGUUAAUUUGGGGGAAAGGCCAAAGCAGAACCUAAAACUCUUGCCUGCACCCACCCUCUCACUACUGCAUGCCCCACCCUCCGCCCUGGGCUGCCGUAAGCCCUGUUGUCAGCACCACCCGCCCACACCCGCACACA